GCGCGGCUGCGGCUGCGGCCCGGAGCCGAACGGCGGCGGACCCGGAGCGGCCCCGGUGGCGGCCCCGCUCGGCCCCGCCAUGGCCCGGGACCCGGCCUUCGUGCUGCGCUACCUGGCCGAGGUGGAGGAGCUGGCCGAGGACGUGCUGGCGGCACGGCAGCAGAUCGUGGACCUGGACGUGAAGCGGAACCGCAACCGCGAGGCCCUGCGGGCGCUGCAGAAGGACCCGGAGCCCGACGAGAAGGCCAUGGUGUGCUUCGGGGGUAUGUUCAUCGAGCUGCCGAAGGCGAAGACCCGGGAGAUGCUGCGGCAGGACCAGGAAGAGCUGGAUGAGGAGAUAAACAACCUCCGGAAAGAGCUGCGGGUGAAGGUCAACCGGCUCUACGAAGCUCAAGGUAAACCUGAGCUGAAGGGGUUUAACCUGAACCCCAUGUCUGCUGAGGAGAUGAAGCUCAUCAACCGCAUCCUGGAGGGCUGAGGUGGCCGUGCCAUUGUCACAGCGUGCUUGGCUGUCACUGGGGGCUCAUGUUUCAGUAGCCACAGCCCUUGGGACUUGCAGGACCUUGGUGUGUCCAGAGCCCACCCAGGUGAGGGCCCUGGGAAUGGUUUGGCUCCUCAGCUACAACUCUGCAGUUUCUCUGGACCACAAACUCUUUCCUGCUCUGUGCUGGACCUCGACACAGUGCUGGACAAAAGUCCCCAGCUGGGUUGGAACUGGGAUCAUUAAAAUCACAGCAGUGGGACAUUCCUGACUCCAUGUGUAUGUUCCUUGUUGGGGGUUUAUGUGAACUCUUCUGGGGUUUGGCUUCAGAGCUGCUCCUUUGUCACGUUGGGAACAGGAGUAGGAGGGGUUGGGAAUCCUCCACAUGCCUGAAGCACAGAGGAGGAGUUGUGCAUUCAAACAAAGCAAAGCUGUAUAUCUGAGGCACGUCAGGAAUCUCUAAGGAUGUGUAGGGAGGAGCAGGAGGAGGCAGCAUCGUUGUAGUCUUGCUGGGAAAACAUGUUCCACUGUUGGAAGGCAGGAGACGACAGAAAUGAGGCUUUCAGGACUGGAUGAAGAGAUAAAACUUGGGUAUAUUUUAAAAAGCAGCCUGAGGAGAGCUGAGCAGGAAUAGUCACUGAGUUUCUCUUGUAGUAAAAGGACAAUUGAUGUAACCAGUAGUAGUUUCUGCAAAGGUUUUAAAAUUUGCUGUUUUCUGCACUCCCCUCUCUGAAUGUGCCCCCCCCCCAAAUGCUUAACCUGGUCAAGAGCAUAAGUUUUUAAAAAAAUUAAUGAUAAUUAGUACAUGA